UGUUCACACCACCUAAUUUCAGACGACGCUCAUAAAGUGUUUGCAUACAGAUCGUUCAGUUAUUCCAAGACAGCGAUCUUCAGCGAUUCAAAAUGUCUUACAGAGUUGAAAUGUCGGUUUCUGGCCGCGCCGGUUGUCAAGCCACCGAAUGCAAGAAAGCUGGCACCAAGAUUCCCAAGAAUGAGUUACGCCACGGUGUCUGGGUUGACUACGGUGACAAUGCUAGUUGGAGAUGGCGACAUUGGGGCUGCGUCACUGGGAAGAUGCUCGAGAACAUGCGUGACAAGCUCGAGGUUCCGGGUAAGCCUGGUACAUAUGAUUGGGAUGCCUUAGACGGCUACGAUGGAGAUGAGAAGGGCAGUCUCCAAAAUUAUCCUCACAUGCAGGAGAAGGUUCGUCGUGUCAUCACUCAGGGCUUCAUCGACCCUGAAGAUUGGAACGGCGACCCAGAGAUGAACAAGCUUGGCGAAACUGGUCUACACACCAAAGAUACCAAGAAAAAGGUUCGACAGGAAGAGAAAGCCCACAAGCAGUUAAAUGAGUCGCUUGCGACUAUCAGAGCUGAGAUUGAGACUACAAAGCAAGCUGGUGGAUCGACUACGGAGCUUGAAAACCAACUUGCUGCCAUCCAGGAGCAGUUAGAUGAACAAUCCGAAGCCCCUACCCCAGCAAAGAAGAAGCCAGCUCCCAAGAAGCGAGGUCGUGUCGCAGCCGACGAUGAAGAUGAGGAAGCCGAGGCCGCUACCCCAGCCAAGAAGAAGCGGGCUAGCAAAGCUAAGAAGGAAGUUGACGAGGAUGGCGAAGAAGUCAAGCCCGCCACAAAGAAACGUGCAUCCAAGGCAAAGAAGGAGGCCGAGGAAGACGAUGAGGAUGUGAAGCCUGCUUCCAAGAAGUCACGCGCCAAGAAGGCUGUCAAGAAAGAGGAAGAUGAGGAGAUGGACGAAGACGACGAGGAAGUGAAGCCUCCUCCCAAGAAGUCACGCGCCAAGAAAGCUGUCAAGAAAGAGGAAGAUGAUGAGAUGGAAGACGCCGAAGAAUCUAAGCCCGCCCCUGCAAAGAAAUCUCGUGCUAAGAAAGUAGUAGCCAAGAAGGGAGAGGACGAGGAAAUGGACGACGCCGAAGAAUCCAAGCCUGUACCAGCCAAGAAACCCCGCGGCAAGAAGGCAGCAGCGGCCAAGAAGGAAGAGGAGGACGAGGACAUCAAGCAAGAAGAAGACACCUCCGCCCCAGCUGCCCCCGCACCCAAGAAGCGCGCCGCCCGUGGCAAGAAAGCCGUAAAAGACGAGCCAGCCGACGAAGAAGCCACCAUCAAACCAGCUCCAAAGAAAGGCGGUCGCAAGAAGGCCGUCAAGGAUGAACCAGUCGAAGACACGACCAUGACUGGCGCCGAAUCUUCCACUGCCGGUAUCACCGCCGACUCGACUGCCAACACUACACUCCCGAAGUCUGAAGUCAAGGGCGAAAUAUCUGACGAGGAGCGAGAGGAGGAGAAACUCGUUGUCGAAUCUCAACCUACCGAAGAACAAGCCGUUGAAGAAGAAGAGGAGGUAAUGAUGAAGAAACCCGCUAAAAGCAAGAAAGCCGCCGGUGCUAAGGGUUCUCGCGGUUCUCGCAGCCGUACGAGUUCUAAGGCUUAAGCUGCACUCUUGAGAGUUGGAUGUACCAAUAGCGGGCGAUUUGUACCGAGGAGACUACUGGUAGCGCUGGAGUUUUGGGUUAUGGUAUUGCUUUACGUUUGUUUUCCUGCUCUGGGAUAUGUGGAGCGUCAUUUGCGAAGGAUUUCUUUCUCAAUGUUGGGGAG